AUGUUACCAGCCUUCUUGAGUGUCGGCCGUGUUUGUGAUAGCUCUUUGAACCUCGAGAAAUACACUCAUUUGCAAAUCAGUUUGGUUUUCACGAGAGACUCAACCGAAUCUCUCGUUUAUGAUGUUCUACAACUGAAUGCACUGCACACAGGCCGUCUCAUGUUUCAACUGGUAAGAUAUUCGAGAUACUGUAAUAUAUUUUCAUAA